CGAGUGGCCGCUGCCCUUGGUGCGGGGACCCCGCGGGUGCUCUGUGGGGCCGGGGCGCGCGGCCAUGGCGCAGACGCUCCUUCGGCGGUAUGGCGACAUCCCCGACGGCACCGAGUGCCACCGCAAGACCUACGCCAGCACCAGCAUCGGCGGUGCUGUAGGCCUGAUCGUCUCUGCCUACAGUGUCGCACUCAAGACCCCAGAUUCCUUCCUGGAGGGAGUGGCGAGGACGGGGCGGUACACAUUCACUGCAGCUGCCAUCGGUGCCAUAUUUGGCCUCACCUCCUGCGUCAGCGCCAAGGUCCGCCAGAAGCCCGACGACCCCUUGAACUACUUCCUUGGAGGCUGUGCUGGGGGUCUGACCCUGGGAGUGCGCACUCACAGCUACGGGAUCGGAGCCACUGCCUGUGCGUGCAUGGGCACGACGGCUGCCCUGGUCAAGAUGGGCCAGCUGGAGGGCUGGAAGGUGUUUGCAGAGCCGAAGGUGUGAACCCCAUGCCCCCAGGGCCUCCAGCAGGCCGAAAUGCAUCUGAAAAUAAAUCCUGUGUAUAUGUGUAUGUUUCCCCUUCUCCACUGUU